CACCGCACCGCACACUCCCCCUCCCUCAUCCAUCCCCUCCCCUCCCCAAGGAAGGAGAAGCAGUAGCAGUAGCAGAGUGGCCAUGGCGACCAUGCUCUGCUCCUCCAUCUCCAUGCCCGCCGCCAGGACUCCUCUCCUCCGCACUUCGUCCUCCUCCCUUGGCUUCGCCACUUCUCAGCUUGCCGGCCUCAGCCUCGGCCUCUCCGCCUCCGCCCCCGCCCCCGCCGCCGCCGUCCCCAAGCUCCACCCCAUUGUCGCGCGGCGGGUGUGCCCCUUCACGGACAAGAAGACCAACAGGGCCAACAAGGUGUCGUUCUCCAACCACAAGACCAAGAAGCAGCAGUUUGUGAACCUGCAGUACAAGAAGCUGUGGUGGGAGGCUGGCAAGCGCUUCGUCAAGCUGCGUCUCUCCACCAAAGCCCUCAAGACCAUUGAGAAGCACGGCCUCGACGCCGUCGCCAAGAAGGCCGGCAUCGACCUCAACAAGAAAUAGAUCAUCAUUUACUUGUAUUGAUAUCCAUACUCUCUCCAUCCACCCAUCUUGAUUUUGAUGAACGCAUGUUUCGGCGGUGGUGGUUUCCUUUCCUUUCGGUGUAUUCCAUCCAUCUUCAUGGCUUCAUUGCCGCUGCCAAUGCUACAAAUCAGGGCCUGCUACUGCUCUGCCCUGCCCA